AUGAUAUGUGAAAAAAUUGGAAUUGAGUUGGAUGCACAUACGAUUGAUUUAACAUGGAGGCAUCCUGUGGUUUUUAGUGGAGUAGUUAAUUAUAUAGCUACACCAGUGGAUGAUAAUUUGUUGGAGUAUAUGUUUGCUGAAAAUCCACGUCAAGUUGAACUUUUUAUUGAAUAUACUCCUGUUACCACUGCGUUGCAAUUUGAACCUCCUAUCACUCAUCAUGAUGUUGGAACGUCUAGGAGAGAUGCUUAUCCUAGUUUUGAUGUCGGGACAUCUAGGAGGGAUGAUGAAUAUCAUAACUUUGAAUUCAACACAUCUGGGAGGGAUGUUGUUGAACCAGUAGAUGUACCAAAUGUGACAUUUGAUGGUUAUGAUGGUUCAGAUGAUAAUGUUGAUGGUGCAGAUGGUUCUGACAGUGAUGGUUCCGAUGAUCCUGAUUAUAGUGCAGAAUCAUGUGAAGAUUCUACAGACGACGAGACACUUGAUAUGAUAGUUGAGAAUUAUGUACAACCAUCUGUUCGUGGGGAGCAAUCUGUUCCCGACUAUGCAGCUGAGGUUACUUUUCAGAAGACCAUGGUUUGGUUGAAGAAGAUAUGUGGUAUUGGGAUGAGGAUAAUCCGAGACAUAGAUGUGGGAACAAAAUUUGAUAGUAAAUUGCAGUUGAAAACUGCUGUCACAUUAUGGCAUGUGGGAACAGGUCAGAUGUAUGAGGUUAUGGAUAGUAAAUCAAGAAGAUGGCAUGCAGUUUGUAGGGACCCAUUUGGUCCGAAAAGAAAAGGCAGGGACCUUGGGCAACGCUACCCAUGUAAUUGGGAGGUUAAAGCAACGUUUAAGAAACGUGAUGGUAGCUGGUCUAUCAACUUAUGGGUUGAUCGUCAUUGCUGUAUGGGAGAUCACGAUCCAAGUGAACAUGUUAAUCUUACAUCAUCCAUGAUUGUUCUCUGUAUUCGAAGUCAAAUUGAAAACGAUGGUGAAUUCAAGCCUUCUGCAGUACUUACAUAUAUCAAAGAUAAAUUUCACGUGAAAAUCAGCUACAAGAAAGCAUGGUACGCUCGCAGAAAAUCUAUUGAGCUUGUAUAUGGUGGGUGGGAGGGAUCAUUCAGACAACUCCCCAGCUACCUGACUGAGUUGCAAACUCAAAAUCCGGGGACAAUCGUUGAGUGGUUGCAUGACCCUGUAUUGAGUCAAGGUAAUACAAAGGUGUUCUGCUACGUAUUUUGGGCAUUUGGGCCAGCAAUAGAGGCGUUCCAAGUAGCAAAGCCGGUCUUAUCAGUUGAUGGGACUCACCUGCGUGGAAGACUGAAAGGUAAAUUACUUGCUGCAGUAGGUUACGAUGCAAAUAAGAACUGUUUGCCUGUUGCUUUUGCUAUUGUUGAUGAAGAAACAAACGAGAGUUGGAGUUGGUUUUUGAAUAUUGUGAGAGUGCAUAUUAUAAAGCAUGACCAGGAAGUGUGCAUAAUAAGUGACAGACAUCAAGGCAUUAUAAAUGCCAUGAAGUCUGAUGUGUGGAAAGAGGUACCAGUUGGUUAUCAUCGAUACUGUUUAAUUCACGUUAGAUCGAAUGUGUUACAAAGACACAAAGGCCCCAGAGUGAAGAAAUGGGUAUGGAUAAUGGGUGAAGUAAUUGAGGAGCGGAGAUAUUGGACUGCAAGGCAUGAAUUAGAAAAGAUUACCGUGAAAAGAGAUGCUCGUGUGGAAAGUGGCAAACCUGGAGAAUGCCUUGCUCUAACGCUGUUGCGGUGCUGA